UCGUUUUUCGCGGGGCCCCGCCCAUCACGGAGUGUGAUUGGUCCACUGAGACGUCAUCUUUCCGAGCUCCGUGCUGAUUGGCUGGAGGUCGACGGGACCUUUUAAACUGUAGUUGAAUGACUGAACACGCACGUGGCUCCUCCUCCUCGCUGUGGGACUCUCAGAAGGAGCACCAGGACCUCCUCAUCAUGUCCAGACGAAGCCUUCGGCUGGAUGAAGGUCUGUUGGACUGGAGUCUUCCUCACAGCAGCGCCUCCUUCAGUGUGGGAGGAGCCAGCUGGAGGAGCAACAGGUCGUUGAAGUGCCGUCGCUCUCAGCAUCUCUCCGCCUCCUGCUCAGAGUCUCUCCUCCUCACUUCUCCUCGUAGAGCGACGUCUCUCCUCAGCAGCAGCCUCCACAGCGUCGCCUCCGACGCCUCCUUGCUGUCAUCUCUGCUGGAUGAGUCUUCGGUGCAGGAGUCCACGCUGGUUGACACCUUCUGGGGUUUGGACCAGGACCUCGAUCCCAAAGAGAGCACCAUCGUAGCUGACCAGAGCUCUCUGGACCCGGACAGUCGCUGUCCUAAACACCUGGUCCAGACUCUCAGCAGGGUUCCCUGUAAAGACUGUGAGCAUCAGUCUGUCUCCACAAACUGCUCCUCCUCCAAGUACACCUCCUCCUCAGAGCCAGAGGCCUCCACCAUCUACUGCAGAGACCGGAGCCACAGGAGCAAGACAGAUGUUCUGCAGCUGUGGUUCCUCUCCUCUGUGCUGUGUGUCAGGAGAGCUGCAGCCGGCUGUGCGAGUGUCCUGACACACACCUGGCAGGUGUGUCAGGACCUGUUCUCACAGACUGAUAACACACAUGCAGCUCGAUCAGGUCUCUGUGGAGUCAUGGACCUGAAGGAGUCCACUACGACCCAGAAGGAGCUCCAUCCCUAUGGAUCUCUGUCUGACGUGUACAAGAGGCUCAACAGACAAUGGCGUCACAUGACCUCCAGCUUCCUGCUGACUGGGUUUCCUCUGCUCCUCCUCGUGGUCCUCCUUCCUCUGCUCCUCCUCUUCUUCAGUCUGUGCUGGUUCGGUCCAGCUGCUCUCCGGUCCGUCCUUCCAGCCGUGGACGUCACAGAACGGGGGACGCUGGUCUCUGGUCUGUCCGCCGUCAGCGGCUUCCUGUCCUUCCAGAGCCGACCAGCAGAGGGCGCCGUGGAGGAGAGGAGGGAGGUGCAGCCUCCAGCUGCAGGAGAGGAGGACGGGUCGGUCCGGCUCGUCCGUCUGGAGGAGAGUCUGGCGGUGCUCUGGGGUCACGUGGAGGCCGGCGGGCAGCGGGCGGACCAGAGACACCAGGAGCUGCUGCAGCUGUACGCUGACCUCCAGCAGCCGGUCUCGGAUCAGAGACACGGAGAGGAGGAGCAGCCCUGGAUGAUGGACCUGCUGGACCAGAAGCUGGACCAGCUCAGCAGAGGACUGGACGAGGACAGACGGCAGACAGAGAAGCAGGAUUCAUUUCAGCAGCAAAGUGAAACGUCUCGUCUGGAUCUUCUGGAGCUGCAGCUUCAAACACUGGCAGCCAGAACAGAGGUUCAGUCCUAUAUGAACGCCGGCCCCCCGUCUCUUAUGAACGCCGGCCCCCCGUCUCUUAUGAACCCGCCGGCCCCCCGUCUCUUAUGA